GUCGAGUCCCGUGAGUCCGGGCAAGCACUGCUGUCGAGUAGGUGGCAUCGUGGUGGUGGUGGUGGUGGUGGUGGAGGUGGUGGUGUUAGGCGUCGUCCGGGACCGAGGAGAGAGAGAGAUUCCUCCGUGAGAAAACCGCCAUCGAGUACCGCCGCCGCCGCCGUCGUCGUCGUCGUCAUCGUUGACGUCUUCGUCGUCAUCAUCAUCAUCGUCGUCGUCGUCGUUCUUUGUCCUCUUCGCGUUCAUCGUCACCGUCGUCGAGACGGUGCGUCGUGGUCGUCGUGGCGCGCUCGGUAAAGGCCCAGCCCCGAGAAAAGGAGUAAACAGCCUCCCUCGUCCCUCUCUUUCUCGCGCUGCAUGCUGGAGAGCGGCGGAUGAGGAGAGAACGAGAAAGAGAGAAAGAAAGAAAAUGAGAGAAUUAAUGCAAACGUGUGAGCGAGAGAGUAUGUGCUGUGUGAAUGAGAUAGAAUGAACGAAAGAUAGAGAGAGAGAAAGAGUGAUGCGAUCGUGAAUCGGGGAAAAAGGGAGAAUGAAGCGCGACGCGGCGUUCUCGGAAGCGGUAAAGAAGUAGUCGCCAAGUAGGCUGUUAUCAGUCUCGUUUGUUAUCGAGGAAAGAAGGAGAAAGAGAGAGAAAGAGAACGCGCACCGGUCGCGCGGCGCGCAAAGUCUCGUCAAAGCUGAGCCUCGUCGCGACGAGGAGGUGGCGGAGGAGGUGUAUGUACGAGGAGAGGCGGCGGCGGCGAAAGCUGUCACUUCGAUCGCCAUUUUAGCGCCGAGGAACUCGGCUGUGCAGGAUACGCACGCCGGGGGACCGGUGCAUGCCGACGACGCGUCGCGACGGACGCGCCUCGUCGCUGCGCUUUUGCGAUUCUUCUCUCUCUCUUCCUCUCGCAAAAGGAGCAAAAGCGCGCAGUGUUGUUAAAUAUGCGCGCGAUUACGCGAUUCAUUGCCCGCUCGUUUAUUCUCUCUUUUUUUUCCAAAGGUUAGGAACACACACUUUACGAGUUUGCGAUGGAAAAUUAUCGAUAGAUCGAAUAUCGGAAAGAAAAGCUAGAAUUUCGAAUUCGCGUUCGUUUAUUUAUUUAUGUAUGGAUAUUUUCCUUUCAACAAGCUAUUUUUAAAACGCGACUAGAAGCGCUUGUUAAGUUUUUAUUUUAUCGAUAGUUGGAUGGGAGCGACGCAUGAGAAGACGUUGCAUGCUUGAAAACGCGAGUUUUCUAGGUCGUCGCGUGCGCCACGCAGUGGUAACCGAUGUGUUUCAAGGUGUGCGCGCACUAGUGAUUCGAAUAAUCGGGCGUCAUUAGUAAUAGCAGCAGCUUUGAUUUUCGAUGCCUCCUCGUCGGCGAGGAACGUGCAUUUCGAACGCGAUCGGCGCACUUCUCGCGACGAAUUCCCUAGAUAUAACCAACUCUAACCGCGACUAAUCGCCAACUUCGCUCGAUAGAAAUUUGAAUUGAACGUUACGCCAGUGUCGUGACGCGGUCGGGAUGCAUCCGCGGUAAACAAUCGCUCGCGAUUGCUUUACAUCGUGUGUGACGACAAUCGCGCGUUUCCGGUAUCAAUAAACGUCACUUCCUCGUGUUGUCAAGUGGCAAUGUAAAUUCGAUUUCCUAAAUCCCGUCGGUUCCACGAGAAUACCCGGCAUUCCCGGUAUCGCUUGUUUACGUGCGCGCUCGCUCGCGAUCCGCUCUUCGUUUUUGCGCGAGCGACAUUCGCGGUGUCACGCGCGCGCGAGACGCGAGUAACGCGAGAUCGCGCGUUGGGCUAAGGUGCGGAUCAGACGGGAGCGGGAGAGAGGAGAACGGGCAUGAUCCAGACGCACACGCGAGGAACGCGCGAGCGGCGAGCGAAAAGGAACAUGGCGAAAGAGUGCUACGUGUGCUUGAAUGACAGCGAAUGAGGAGUGAGAGAGAGGGGGGGAGACGGGAAGAAAGCGAGAGCGGACAAGCAUAGGAGAAAGCAAACAAAGCGAAUCGACGAGUGAAAAAGGGUGAAGCGAGUGAGAGCGAGUGAGAGCGAGUGAGACGAGGCGAAUGAGCGAGCGAGAACGGCCGAGUGCGAGGUGAGUGAAGUGAGCGGCGAGUCAGGACGAAGGAAAUAAAGGGAGAAAGUUGGAGAGGCGGGAGAGGGGAGAGAGUAAGAGAGAGAGAGAGAGGAGAGGGAGAACACGAAAGAAGGCUCGGCGCCAUACUGGCUCCCCGCGGUUUCGCGACACGCAUGCAUGCCGGCCGGCCGGCUCCGCUCCGACGACGUCGUUCGCCAUUCGAUCGCGUCGCCCGUCGAAAACGGGCGACGCGCGUCAUCAUGCACCUAUCCAGAUUUCUCUCAUAUGCUCUUCAAUUGCUUCUCUAGAUGCCGAAGCGGCGGCACCUGUCCGCACGUCGUCGCCACCGCCACGCAUCACCUGGUCCGCGAAUCACCCGGAAACCAGCGACCGGCCGCCCCGUCGAAGGAAUCCUGCUCGUCGUAACCGCGGUCUCACGCGGCGCGCGCGAACGCGUGUACGCCGAGCGGAAUCGAGCGGGCGCGCGCGCACGAUGAUUCCACGCGGCUGAGAGAGAGAGAGAGAGAAAAAAGAGACAGAGCGCCAGUGACCCGAGACACACAAGCGAACAGACAAUACGAGUGAAACGAACGGACACGUAUACGUACACGUCGAAAGGGAGUACCGGAAGUUGUGAUGUCGGGCCCCGUGCUAUCGCUCGGCGCCUCCUCGUGGUGAUCAAGUGUUUCGCCGUACAGUGCGACAGAUUUGAGAUCUCGUACGCGAGAGAUCGCGAGAGCUCGCGAGAGUGUGCGGCCGGAGAGAAAAAAAUCACGAAACAUCCAUCGGAAUAACGAUACGACAGCAGCAAGCCCGGUGGCUCUUGUGUGUGUGAGUGUGCAUCGGCCACGCGGCACGAGGAUCGUCGUCGAGAACGGUGGUACCCGAGUGACAUCGGGGGGGCGCGUGCAGGACUGACUUUGCCCCCCCACCCCAGCUCGCUCCGUCAGCGACAACCUCGAGGAGGAUCUGCUCGGCGAGGGGAGGAUCGUCGGUUCUACAGCGGCGUGAUUUGGGCCUGGGCGAGGCUCAAGGAAGAGGUCGCUCCCGCCAGGAUCGCCGGGCAGCGCGGAGGAAGAAGAGGAAGCACUCGCGACGGAGUCUGUAGCGUGGAAGUAGAGUAGACAUGUUGUCAGUCUUCCCGGCAGCGACGACGGGGACGAUGAGGAUGGCGCGGUCACUGGUAUCACGGCCAUACCGACGACGUUGGUGUCGCCAGUCCUUGCCACUGUUCUUGAUGCUGACGCUGAUGCUGUCACUGUCGUCGUGGUUGCCGACGGCGCGCACUUUGCCAGCCGAUAUAGUGCGAAAGUUCCACGAUCCGGAAGUGGAGCGCAUGAACCAUCUGGUGGUGGACAAAAACACCGGUCGGGUAUUCAUAGGCGCGGUUAAUCGGCUUUAUAUGUUGACGCCGGAUUUGGCGAUCUUCCAAAAGGAGGUCACCGGACCGAAGGGCGACUCCACGGCGUGCUCGAUGCUGGACUGCCCGCGUGAGGCGCAAAAACGGCCGGUCGAUAACGUGAACAAGGCCCUGGUGAUCGACUACACCACUUCGCGGCUCAUUUCCUGCGGCAGCCUGUUCCAGGGGAUGUGCACGGUGCGCGAUCUGAACAACAUAACGAACGUGGUACAGGAAGUGAAGGAGGCGGUGGUGGCGAACAAUGCUACCGCGUCGACCGUCGCGUUUAUCGCACCUGGUCCACCGAACCCGCCCGUCUCUCAGGUCAUGUAUGUCGGCGUGACCUUCACUGGCAAUUCACCCUAUCGUUCGGAGGUGCCGGCAGUGAGCUCACGUUCCCUUGACAAGGACAAGAUGCUGAACAUCGCCGAGGCAGCGGUUACCACCGGCACGCGGAUGUACGUAAACUCAUUGUCGCGCGAACGUUAUCCCAUCAACUACAUCUACGGCUUCAGCAGCAAGGGUUUCAGCUACUUCCUCACCACGCAGAUGAAGAACACGGAGACGCCGAUUUACCUGUCGAAGUUGGUGCGCGUUUGUCAGGACGACGAGCAUUAUUACUCGUACACGGAGAUACCGAUCAACUGCACCAGCGACGAGCGCGUCUACAACUUGGUACAAGCCGCCUACGUCGGCAAGGCCGGCUCGGUACUCGCCGGUGAUCUCGGCAUCACCGCCCAGGACGACGUGUUGUUCGCCGUGUUCGCCGAGAGCGACGGGCCCAACAGCGACGUGCCGCGACCGUUCUCAGCUUUGUGCGUCUACUCGCUCAAGGCCAUUCGCCGCAAGUUCAUGAGCAACAUCCAGCGGUGCUUCAGCGGCGAGGGACAGCGGGGCCUGGAGUUCAUCUCGCCGAGCCACAAGUGCAUAUCAACGAAAUUGCAAACGAUCGGUGAGGAUUUCUGUGGUCUUGACGUGAACACGCCUUUAGGCGGUGAAGAACCGAUGGGUGCGACCGCAGUCUUGACGUUCGAGACUCACUUGACGGCUGUGGCGGCUACUUCGACUGGUGAUUUCACUGUUGUCUUCGUGGGCACCAAUAAGGGUCACUUGAAAAAGGUGGUGGUGGAGAGUUCGACGUUAGCAUUGGAAUACGGUGAUCUCGAGAUCGACCCGGGUUCUCCGGUAAACCCGGACCUGCUGUUCGACUCGCAGCUGAUGCACCUCUACGUACUCACGGAAAAGAAGGUCUCGAAGGUCAAAGUGCAAGAGUGCUCGGUCUACAAGACCUGCUGGGACUGCCUAGGUGCCAAGGACCCAUACUGCGGCUGGUGUUCGCUAGAAAACAAAUGUAAUCUGCGCAGCGAUUGCCAGGAUGCGGCCAAGGAUCCGCUUUACUGGAUCUCCUACAAGAGUGGUCGAUGCACGACGAUCACCACCGUAACGCCGGACCAACUGCAACGCACAACUGCCAGGACCCUCGAACUCGUCAUCGAGAACCUGCCGACUCUAUCCGGUCAGUUCCUGUGCGCGUUCUCCGCUCUUGACAAGACCCUCAUCACAAACGCAUCGCGCAAGUCCUAUGGUGUGAAUUGCACGACCCCGCGAACGGAUCUGUUACCAUCAAUACCACCGGGCCGGCAUCACUUCACGGCGAAACUGUCGGUCAGAAUGACGAAUGGGCCUGAUUUGGUGGCAACGAAUUUCACCUUCUUCGACUGCAACACGUACAGCUCGUGCACGCAAUGCGUGUCGUCGAGCUUCCCGUGCGACUGGUGCGUUGAUGGUCAUCGAUGUACACACGACACGGCAGAGAAUUGUCGAAACGACAUCCUUGUCACGGGAGUCAGCAGAAUGGGACCAAGCUAUAGAAGUGGGCCAGGUUUUUGUCCCACUAUAAACGCCACCGAAUCUCAAGAGAUCCUCGUGUCUUCCGGUAUCAAAAAAGCGAUACGAGUUAAAGUGCAUAUCAUUGGGCAAUUCAUUAUACAAACGCGUUUCGUGUGUCAAUUCAACAUCGAGGGUCGCGUGACGAGUGUCAACGCGCGUUUGCUGGCCGACACGAUCUACUGCGAGGAGACGGAGUUCUCGUACACCUCUCGCGCGCCGAACAUCACAGUGCCCUUCGCCGUGAUCUGGGGCGGUUCGAAGCCUUUAGACAAUCCGGACAAUAUACAUCUGGUGAUAUACCGGUGCCGCGAUAUGGCGGAUAACUGCGGCAUGUGCCUGGCCCUGCCAACCAAGUACGGCUGCGGAUGGUGCCAAAGCUCCGACAGAUGCGAGGUGAAGGAUCAGUGUGACCGCGGCUCGGGCAUGUGGCUCAACAGCAACCAGACCUGCCCAAAUCCGGAGAUACAGUCGUUCGAGCCGGUAAUGGGCCCCUGGGAGGGCAACACGAACGUGACGAUACGCGGCAUCAAUCUCGGCAAGACUUUCAAGGACAUAGUCGGUGGAGUUACCGUGGCUGGAAUGCGAUGUCUACCUUACGAAGAGCUCUACAUCCGCACGAAACAGAUCGUCUGCCGAGUUGACGGGCCCGGCACGCAAGAAGGCAGAAGCGGACCGGUGAUCGUUAAAAUCGAGGAUUUCCGCGGCGAGUCCGAUUACAACUUCGAGUUCGUGGAUCCGAAGAUCAUCUCGAUAAUGCCCAAGUACGGGCCGCUGAGCGGCGGUACCACCAUCAAGAUCACCGGUAACUACAUGAACGCCGGCAGCACGAUACAUGCCUACAUCGACGAUCUGCCCUGCUCCAUAAUAAGCGCCGAGUCUAGCGAGGCCCUCUGCAUGACGAGUCCGAGCAAUCAGAAGAGGAAAGGUAUGCUAAAGAUGUCCUUCGACGGCGGGAAGCGUCUGUUCGACGGUUACUUCGAGUACGUCGAUGAUCCUACCAUCGAGAGCGUGGAGAGCGGCGUGGCUGGGCAGAUGAAGGUCCCGAAGGGCAUCCCGGCAGGCGGAAUUAAGAUCUCGGUGACCGGCAAGAAUCUCGGUUACAUACAGAGCCCGCAGAUGUACGUCUACUACGAUGAGAAAAUGUUCGUGUCGCAGUGCGAAGUGCACAGCCAGGAAAGUAUGGUGUGCAAGUCGCCGACUAUCGAGGUGCCCGAGCACGUGGUACUCGACGCCGAACGUCCGCUCUCCCUCGAGUACGGCUUCCGUAUGGACAACGUCACCGGUGUGCAGAACCUAUCGCAGCACGGCUUCAACCAUUUCCUCCUCUACCCCAAUCCGAUCUACGAGGUCUUCGACGAGGAGGUCAAGUAUUACAAGAGCGAUUAUCUCACCAUUAACGGCCAGCACCUCGACCGCGCCUGUCAGGAGUCCGACGUAGUCGUGCAGAUCGGCAAUGCCUUCUGCAACGUAACGUCCCUGUCGCGGCAGCAGCUCACCUGUCGACCGCCUUUGACGCAACCACCGGCCAUUGAUGCCCAGGGUUUGCCUAAUAAACAGGAAUUGCCGGAAGUGGUGCUGAUAGUGGGCGGUACGCUUCGUUACAACAUCGGCAAGCUCAGCUACGCAUUACCGGCCGGACUGAAUGGGCCGUUAUCGAAACCCGCGCUCAUUGGCGUGAUCGCCGCCAUCGUGGUUUUGGUAUUCGUGUUCAUAGCGUUCCUUAUCGCCUACCGUAGAAAGUCCACGGAGAGCAAUCGGGUGUUGAAGAACAUGCAGGAGCAGAUGGACAUCUUGGAACUGCGUGUCGCCGCCGAGUGUAAAGAAGCCUUCGCCGAGCUACAGACGGAAAUGACGGACCUCACGGGUGACCUGACCAGCGGCGGCAUACCUUUCCUCGAUUACCGCACCUACGCGAUGAUGAUACUGUUCCCGAGCGACGACAAUAGCCCGGUGCUGCAGUGGGACAGGCCGGAGCUAGCGCGAAAGGAGAAGGGGCUGCGCUUGUUCGGUCAACUGAUCAUGAAUAAGACGUUCCUGCUGCUCUUCGUGCGAACGCUCGAGAGCAAUCGUUACUUCUCGAUGAGAGAUCGCGUUAACGUGGCCAGUCUGAUCAUGGUCACACUCCAGAGUAAGAUGGAGUACUGCACGGAUAUCUUGAAGACUUUGCUAGCCGAUCUCAUCGAAAAGUGCACAGAGGGCAAGAGUCAUCCGAAGCUAUUCUUAAGACGGACCGAAAGCGUCGCCGAGAAAAUGUUGUCUGCCUGGUUCACGUUUCUCUUGUACAAAUUUAUGAGAGAAUGCGCUGGUGAGCCGUUAUACGUGCUGUUUCGCGCGGUGAAACAGCAGGUCGAUAAGGGCCCUGUCGACGCGAUUACCUCGGAAGCACGAUACUCCCUGUCUGAGGAGAAAUUGAUCAGACAAUCUAUCGAUUUCAAACCGAUGACGGUCUACGUCUCGAUAUCCCAACAGACCGUGUUCGUCGGCGGGAUGGAUCCCAACACGGAAAAUGUGCCCGUCAAGGUGCUCGAUUGCGACACAAUUUCUCAAGUGAAGGAGAAAGCGUUGGACACGAUCUACCGAGCUACUCCGUACAGCCAAAGACCUCGAAAGGAAGACCUUGAUCUCGAAUGGCGAACCGGCGCGUCUGGCAGAUUAAUUCUUUACGACGAGGAUUCGACAACGAAGACGGAGGGCGAGUGGAAGAAGAGGAACACUUUGAAUCACUACAGGGUACCGGACGCAGCCUCGCUCAAUUUAGUCUCGAAACAAUCGUCUAUAUACAAUCUCUCGAUCCUGUCGGAGAAGACGGACAAGUCGCACAAAUACGAAACCCUGAAUCUUAGCAAGUUUAGUUCGGCCAGUCCCCCGCUCUCCCGCGCCACCUCGCCGCUCAAUCAGAAUCACGACGGUGGUAUGAAGGUCUGGCAUCUCGUCAAGCAUCACGACUCCGACGCGCGGAAGGAGGGAGACCGCGGCAACAAGAUGGUCUCGGAGAUCUACCUGACGAGGUUACUCGCGACGAAGGGUACGCUGCAGAAGUUCGUCGACGACCUGUUCGAGACCAUAUUCAGCACUGCCCACCGCGGCUCGGCGCUUCCCCUCGCUAUCAAGUACAUGUUCGACUUCAUGGACGACCAAGCUCUGCAACACGGCAUAUCCGAUCCCGAAGUGGUCCACACGUGGAAGAGCAAUUCCCUUCCUCUCAGGUUUUGGGUUAAUCUUAUAAAGAAUCCGAACUUUAUUUUCGACAUACACAAGUCCAACAUCGUGGACUCGUGUCUGUCCGUCGUCGCGCAGACGUUUAUGGACAGCUGCUCGACGUCGGAUCAUAGAUUAGGUAAGGACUCUCCGAGUUCGAAACUAUUAUACGCGAAAGACAUUCCAGUGUACAAAGAAUGGGUAGAGCGUUACUACUCAGAUAUCAAAGUUAUGCCAGCCAUAUCCGAUCAAGACAUGAAUGCCAUGCUUGCCGAAGAAUCGAGGUUGCACACAACGGAGUUUAACACGAACUGUGCUUUAUACGAACUAUAUACGUACGCGGGUAAAUACAACGAACAACUGAUAGUCACUCUCGAGGAGGACGAGUUCUCGCAGAAACAGAGACUGGCGUACAAGCUCGAGCAAGUGCACAACAUAAUGGCGGCGGACAACCCCUGAUGUACCAUGAAUUCGAUGAAGCACAUGACGAAGCCCGCUCGUCAGGAGUUGCCCUGCUGAGCGGCGAAUCGCGGUCCGGUACGUUCUCGACGGCGCAAACGAAGAGGACUGGCCUACCUUGUAAUCGAUUGUCUCAGGUUCCGUGCAGAAGCCAGUUUUCUCAGCUUAAUGCGAAUCGCGAGUGAACUUGGGAGAACCUCGUUAUCGCAACGGCGCGACGGCGCGCCGCCGCGAGUUAACCGGAAGUUAAUUAAAAGGGACUAAGUGUUGAAACAAAUUCGUGUCGAGGAAGUCUUCUCAGAGGUCGCCGGUUCGUAGGUGUGGCCAUAAUCAUAAGCGUAUGCCCCGCGCGCGCGCGCGCGUAAUUGUACAUAAGAUAUCAAAAAUCAUGAAUAAUUGUAAUAGGAUAUUAAAUGUACGAUCACAUCUCGACGGCCGCAGAUCGAGUGCAAAAGAGAGUGCGGAGCGAGGCGUUCCCUUCCUCACCGCGCGGCGAUCACCGCAUCGAUUUUGCACCGCGAGUGAUUUUGAAAUGAAUGUAAUAAUGAAUUAGUAAGAUAAGAAAGAAAGAAAGAGAGAGAGAGAGGCCGCGAGUGAGAGAAUCAGCGAGAUCGAUCGAUAAUUUGUAAAUGUGUUUAAAGGAAAACGGUCGAUCGCCGACCCGCCGGUGUCUCGGUGUGAUACGGCGAUUUUUAACGAAGAAACAUUUCCAUCCACCGCUUAUUCUAGCUGAAAAAUUUUUUGAAUUACGAGAAACUGACGAAUUUUAAGAGAUUAAUGGAUAAUUACCGAUGUAACAAUGAAUAAUUAAACGAUAUGGGUAUAUAUUAUAUAUAAAUAUAUAUAUAUGGAUGGUAUGUCAUAUGUAUAUGUGUACAUAUAUACACUUUAUACCGGCGCAAGCAUGCCUGUGUGUGUGCGCGUGCACGUGUGCGUAUAUCUAGUAUCCGAGGGAGGCGCGCGUGCGAGCAGUAGUGCGGUAUCCCGCGUCGUGUAUUUUGCCAUAACUUUAUCUCACACACACACACACACACACGAGAAAUGAGACACGGAGAAGGAUGUGUCUCGCUCGCUCACACGCUUACAAGACGACGCGCUAUCGCUCGUUCUCCUCGUGGCUCGGCGGUAAAACGCCAUACCGCACGCACGCGCGUAUUUACAUGGUGUAUUACGUAUACUUACACGGCGCCCGAGAACGGAAGGAAGAAAGGCAGGCAGGAAGGAAGGAAGGAGGAAGUCAUCCGCGCAACGGAAACAGACUGUGUACUAGUUAGUAGGUAAUUAAUCUAUGGACUAUGGCCGCGCGCAAAGGCCAGCUCGAUGUGACGGUUGUGUUGAGUGUGCGUGCUUCCCCUCCUUGGUCUCCGCGAGUCACCGUUCCAUUUCGCCAUUUAAUCGUUCAUUCCUAUCGUCGUGCAUCCGUCACUGAUGUCAUCGUCGCUGUUCCAUAAUCAUCCCACCCCCCUCUUCCACCCCUUCGUCCAUACGUCUAUCGCUGGUCCCUCGUUCUCCCGUCUAUCGUUUCCUUUACCACUUGUAGCAUGUCUACUGUCCACGAGGCUCUCCCGCUCUCCUUUCACCCUCCCGCGAGUCAUCUUCACGCUGCUUUUAAUCUCCCUUUCUUUCCCAUCUCCUCUAGCUCUCUCUCUCUCUCUCUCUCUUUCUCCCUUGUAAUGCUUCAACGCCUCCGUCGUCAUGUUGUUGUCACUCUUAAUUAUUGUAAUAUAUAAUGAAUAUAACGAUCACUGUUGAGUAUUGUCUGAUUGUAAUACAUUGAUAUUGAAUUGAUAUUGAAUUGAUAAUCAUUAAUUAAAAAAAAGCGUAAUAUUAACUCUGUGGACGUAGCCAUAUUGGUGUGGAUGUGAAACUGAGUCGCGUGAAUGAGAGCGUGCGUGUCUGAUCGAAGGGCCGAAAGCGCAUUGCACAGUAUUCGAGAAGAAGACUAUAUAGAGGAGCACACACGUGUCACGUUGAGAGAAUUUCGCGUCUGGGUGCUGACAUUGUCGCUGACAAGACAUCGCUGCCUCGGUGAAUAAAAAGUUGCCCGAACCAACUGUUAUUCCCUUCGUAUAUUCACGCACAAAUCGCCAAAUCGCACCACUGUCUGCCUGUAAAUGUCGCAUCCGACGAUAAAUCAGAUCGAGAUCCACGGAAUGCCUGAUCACUCCUCACAAGUAACUAUUAACGUUAACGUUCCGAAGGCUAACGAGCUCGCGGUCCUCCGCGAUCCUCCGAGCGGAGUGCUCGAAACUUUUGCAGCUCCCGUGUCUAACGUGUGGCGUUCUGUCAAUGCGUGCGGCUGGUAACGAAUGACGACUGUCCGAAAUGUGUAUGCGCGUGUAUGCGUGUGUCCUGUGCGUCAAUUCAAUGUGCAGUUGUACGUGGAGAAAGUAUUUAUUGCUCAAAAAACAUCGGACGACCGUGGUGGAAAGGUAAGGAAGCGGGAAGAGAAUACGGAGUCGUUGGUAGGCUCUCGCGGGAGAGGAAUCGGGGGGAGGGCGAGGUGGUAGGAAGGUCGAGAGAAAGAAGGGAAAGACAGCGAGUGUACGCGGUGGCGAAGGCACAUCGCCAGACAGGGUAAUAAUCGCGCGUAAAAAGGGGGCGAGGAAUGAUGCAACUGACGACGACGACGACGACGGGUCAAUCAACCAACCAACUAACCAACCAACCAACCAGCCAGCCAAUCAGCCAACCAACCAAUGGUUUCUCAGAGGAUGAGGCGUGAACACGUGCUCACGUCGUUCGCCCGCUGUUCCGCGCAGGAGGACGGGGCGUGCGGUACCCUCCCCCGCGCACGCCGACUUCAAAUGGUACUAAUAAACCCAAAGUGCCUCUGGUAGAUUUUUGGGCAUAAGCUUGAGUAAUAAAGACUACAUAGCGUUUACUAUAAAAAAGAAAGAAAGAAAGAAAGAAAGGAAAAGAGACACGACUACGACGCGAUCGCUGAUUAUAAUAAAAUGAUAAUAAGGAGAAGAGUCGAGGAGAGGGAGAUUAAAAAAAAAAUAAAAUAGAACACGGCGAGAGCGCUUCUGACGCGCCCUCCGCGCAACCGAUUGCACGCAAAAAAAA